AUGGCUGUCGAACAAAUGCAAAAAUUGUUCAUAUCUCUAUGCUUGCUCGCUACAGUAAGUUUAGCUGCUGAUACUGUAUGCUAUCCAGUCGAAUGCAAGUUGAGUACUCAGACUUUUACUUCAGAAACCUGUGCAUAUUGGGAUAAAGCCUCAGACAUCUAUUAUUUGGAAGCUUGCAGCUCAACUUCAUACUGCCCAUCCCUUGACUUUGAGGAUCCUGCCAAUUCUACUUGUGCUACAACCCCAACUACCACUUUAAAUAAGUAUAUCUCAUUGUCUCUUAUAUAUUCCUAAAUAAUAAAUCCUAUAAAGUUACAUAUUUUCUAAAAAUAUGACAAUUUUCUUUUAAAUUGCAUUUUCUGAGGAAAAAAAUUUUUUAAUUUAAUUUUUUCAUUUGUGAAAUAUUUCCAAAAUGGUCCAAAUGAUGCUCUGCACUAUACCCUGGCGAAAAAUGCACAGCUACCUCUGACUGUGACACUACUUACGCUACAGGUGGAUGUGUCGGCGGUGUCUGUGUAGGUAUAAGCGCUAACGGAAACUGCACACAUUAUGGUGAAUGCGAGCCCGGGUACUACUGCGGCUCAGAAGGCAAAUGCAUUUCCCAAGUAAAAGUAGGCGGCCAAUGCGAAAAUGAUUUCCAAUGCAUAAAUGGGGCUGGCUGUAACAUUACAACCACAGCCACUUAUGGUACAUGUGUUUCUUAUUUCAGCGUUGAUGAUCAUGCUCGUGUAGCAACUUGUAAUAGCACUUUGAAUAAUUAUUUAUGUGCUUCUACUAUGUGUGAUACUGAUAAUGGAGAAGCUAUCUGUUUAAGCUCUGUAAAAUCGAAAAUGGGCAACUUAUUGCCUAUGAUCUGCGAAAAUAACGACCAAUGUGAAUCAAGUGCAGACCCAGUGACUGGCUACAUUUAUACACUAGACUGCGUUUGUGGGCUUAAUAAGCACGGCUAUAGCUUCUGCAACCAAUGGCCUGGAGAUCCAGACUUCGCGCAUCUGAUACAAAUGUGGAAAAAGUGGGUGUUUUCAACAAAUGUCGACAAAUGCAAUACCUUGAGAAGGCAGAAUUUCCAGUGCAUUGCUGAUUGGUGGGAUUCCAAUGAUAUGACACUUUUGAAUUAUUUCAGCCUUAAGACGAAUUACUGGCCUUAUCUUCAGAUGAACGAUGAUUGUACUCAGAAUAUGUUUUUGAGCGAUUAUUAUAAAGUGCAAGAAUCUUAUAAUGCACUUCGUAAUACUACCGAUCCUGAUGACCAUCAUGAAGCACUUAAAAUUAAAAUUAGGAUAGGGGCUUUCUUAUGCAGGUAAGCCUAAAUCAAUUUGUCAGCAGCCAUCUUGCAUUGUGAGCAUUCCAGAAGGCUUACCCUUCAGACAAGAAACUUUUCUGGUUCCGUAGUAUUGCCCUUACUCAGAUCCUUUAUGUGUUUUGCCUAAAGGCUGCCCUCUCAUGUGUGUCAAGCAGUGAACCAUAUGCUUUUCUUCCUUGGCCAGCCCAAGUACUCUUAUGUUAUAAUCCAUAUUUGGCAUUUGAAUUAAAAUUUAUUAUACUGUACCCUAAAUAAUAAAAUUAACGAGAAAGAGUUCUCGGAGAGAUUAUUUCCGCAAGUAGCCAUUUCAUUAUUAUGCCAUCAUGAAACAUCGUCAGCUAUUUUAUUAGGUUUUUCGUUGCCUCUUUUAGCUUAUGCUUAA